GCUUUAUUCAUGACGAGCUUGUGAGCGUGAGAGCAGUCCAAGUUAUAAGAUUUUUGCUGUUAAACUAUCGGGCGUGUUUUCCCGGUAGAAAAACUACCGAUCACAACCAUGCUGUGACAUAGUGAGCGUUUCGUUCUUGGCAUAUUCCUUUUGUACGUCGUAAUAUUGAGGUAAUUGAGCACACACCGAAUUAUUUCAGUUACCCGUUUCUCACGGUGAAAUGUUUUCUUCUUCCGGCUAAACUCCCCGAUAACGCAGCAUCCAUAAUUUUUGGGAAGUCAAGUCAUGGGAAAAUUUCUGGACAUCAUCAAGAGUUGUUUCGGACGCGAGACACCUCCCCCGCCUCCACGGCAGAGAAAAACGUCAUCCAAAUAUUUUACGACCGAGUUUGGUGCCAAUUCCUCAAGCCGCAGGGCUGUGGCCGUGUUUCAGGCUAUCGUCAGCAGUGCGAAUUCUCCUGAUGCGAAUAUCAUCCUCGGCCCGUAUCUGGCCGAAAUCAUGGUUCCUGACCCCAACGACACGCUGAAAUCUUCACUGUUUGAGGCAUUUCACAAUAGUAUAGGAGGUUUUUUGAAGAUGAAGAUAGAGAAGGAUGCGGCAACCACGUUCGGUGGGUUGGAAUGUGUUAACGCCGCGUUUUCUGACGACAGUUGCCGUUCUGCUUUUCGACCGGAAAAGGUAUUUCAAAGCUCAGUAUGCAGUGAACUUGGAAAAGAACCGAUUGACAAAGCUCGUUUUGGUCAGUCCGCAACACUGAACUGCUUCUUCAAAGAGAAACUUGACGGAAUUACGUUGUCGUACAUUACACACGAAUCGCGGCGAAUCAUAUUGAAUACCGCCGAAUUUUCCUACCGGUGGGAUUAUGCUUUCGAAAGAACCGAAAGCGGAACGUUCUACUGCCCGAAUAAUAUCGAAAAAACCGUGGAGUUUUUAAUAAACACGGUCACCAUAUGUCGUGCUUUUAAUGUGCAUCGCGGAGGGGACAGAAUCGAAGCGGAUGAGCCACAGAUGAUUGUUUUCCAUGCCGAAAAGGGAAAAUUCAGCAUUAUGCUGCUACUACCGGCGCCGAAUAAUAACACCAUAAGCAGCUUGGAAAAAGAGUUGACGAUCGAAAAAUUGUUAGAGUGGCGGCGAAAGAGCACUCAGCACCUUUGGUACGUUAUUAUACCAAAGAUGAAAAUUAAUAUUGGAGGCGGAAUUGCAGCUGGUAGCGAAAAACCACGACCAGUCACAAAUUCUGCCGCAGAGUUUGAAGGAAAGCAGCCACCGGAGCGUGUCGGUCCAUUCCGGCCGCCAUUUGUCUUAAAUCUGGAUGAAAACGGCAUCAAUGCUACGGAGGCCCCAUAUAGCAGCAAACAGUAUAAUCUGCUGCUUUAUGAGCCGGAGUUCGUGGCGAAUCGUCCGUUCUUGAUGAUUAUUUGGGACGAAAUGGCCAACGGUCCCGUCUUCAUCGGUCGCAUCACGGACCCGACUGGUACGACUUGCCAAAUACCACCACCGUACUGCGACCAGCCGCUGCAAAGUGGUGUUCUAAAUCAAUAGAAAAGCCAGAAAACUUAAUAGACUCUAAACCCCUUUGCCCAACGCGGUCCCGUUGCAUUCGGUCGCUCGUCCUCCACUUCAGAAUGCUGGUUACAGCAGACACCGAUAAAGCGUUACCCCAACUGUAUGGAUCGAACAGCCUAUCAUGCAGCUUCCGGCGAAAGAAAAACGACGGUGGUUACAGUAUUUUUUAAAUAUUUUUAUUUCUGAAGUCCAUGUCUGGUAUCCACCUACGGCCAAACCUUUAAUAAGUAUCAUGGUACGGGUACAAACUAUGCACCAGAACAAAACGGCAUUUACAAAAGAAUCACUUCCUCUAUGCAAUCCUGAUCGGGGAUC